AAGUUUGCGUAUACAAGCUGGUUGUUAAAUUUAAAAAGCCAUUUCUUUAUGUAAUUCUGACAUCUUAAACUGUAACACGUUUAAAUGAUUAACUGUAUUUUGAAACAGGUUGGCCUUGGGGAAGCAUUAUUAGAGGCUGAAACUAUUGAAGAACAAGAAUCUCCUGUUAACUGCUUUAGAAAAUUAUUUGUUUGUGAUGUCCUUCCUCUAAUAAUUAACAACCAUGAUGUCCGAUUGCCUGCCAAUUUAUUAUAUAAGUACUUGAACAAAGCAGCUGAAUUUUAUAUCAAUUAUGUCACUAGGUCUACUCAGAUAGAGAGUCAGCAUCAAGGUGCCCAAGAAGCAUCUGAUUUAAUGUCACCUAGCAAACGGAGCUCUCAGAAGUACAUAAUAGAAGGGCUGACUGAAAAAUCAUCCCAGAUUGUGGACCCUUGGGAGAGGUUGUUUAAGAUUUUAAAUGUUGUUGGAAUGAGAUGUGAAUGGCAGAUGGAUAAAGGAAGACGAAGCUAUGGUGAUAUUUUGCAUAGAAUGAAGGAUCUCUGCAGAUACAUGAACAACUUUGAUAAUGAAGCUCAUGCAAAAUAUAAAAACCAAGUGGUUUAUUCAACUAUGUUGGUCUUCUUUAAGAAUGCAUUCCAGUAUGUCAACAGCAUACAACCAUCUCUAUUCCAAGGUCCUAAUGCCCCAAGCCAAGUUCCACUGGUUCUUCUUGAGGAUGUAUCAAAUGUGUAUGGUGAUAUAGAAAUUGAUCGUAACAAACAUAUACAUAAAAAGAGGAAACUAGCUGAGGGAAGAGAAAAAACCAUGCAGAGUUCAGACGACGAAGACUGUUCAGCAAAAGGAAGGAAUCGUCACAUCGUAGUCAAUAAAGCAGAGCUUGCUAACUCCAUUGAAGUACUUGAGAGCUUUAAGCUAGCCAGGGAGAGCUGGGAGUUGCUCUACUCCCUGGAAUUCCUUGACAAGGAAUUUACAAGAAUUUGUUUGGCGUGGAAGACAGAUACUUGGCUUUGGUUAAGAAUCUUCCUCACUGAUAUGAUCAUCUAUCAGGGCCAAUAUAAAAAAGCAAUAGCCAGCCUGCAUCAUCUAGCAGCUCUCCAGGGGUCGCUUCCUCAGCCACAGAUCACAGGACAGGGGACGCUGGAGCAUCAGAGGGCGCUCAUCCAGCUGGCAACCUGCCACUUUGCUCUAGGGGAGUACAGGAUGACAUGUGAAAAAGUCCUUGAUUUGAUGUGCUACAUGGUACUCCCCAUUCAAGAUGGAGGCAAAUCACAGGAGGAACCCUCAAAAAUAAAGCCCAAAUUUAGAAAAGGUUCAGAUCUGAAGUUGCUGCCUUGUACCAGCAAGGCUAUCAUGCCGUUCUGCCUGCAUCUAAUGCUGGCUUGCUUUAAGCUCCGAGCUUUCGCGGACAGCAGGGACGACAUGGCGCUGGGCCACGUGAUUGUCUUGCUUCAGCAAGAGUGGCCACGGGGAGAGAAUCUUUUCUUGAAAGCUGUCAGUAAGAUUUGCCAACAAGGAAAUUUCCAAUACGAGAAUUUUUUCAACUAUGUUACAAGUAUCCUUUUUCCUGUAUAUCGAUAUGCUGGAGGAAUUCGCCUACUUAAGAACCCAGGAAGGUGGGAAAAUUCAUCUGGAAUUACUGCCCAAUCAAGGAAUGCUGAUCAAGCACCACACGGUCACUCGGGGCAUCACCAAGGGCGUGAAGGAGGACUUCCGCCUGGCCAUGGAGCGCCAGGUGUCCCGCUGUGGCGAGAACUUGAUGGUCGUGCUGCACAGAUUCUGCAUCAACGAGAAGAUCUUGCUCCUUCAGACUCUGGCCUGACCGGAGCCCUUUCCGCCAGAGGAAAGGCGGCUCCGAGCCGAGGGAUUUUUUAUGAAGACAUAAAGCAUUCAUAGAUGUUGCCGUUACAACUCUUAGACAGAAGAAAACCUUCUGAGUUCCAACUCCUUGGUUGCUGGAAAGUAGUUCCCAAGAGUCUGAGACGCUAUUUCUAUUUUUCAGAGUCAUUUUUUGUAAUUUUUGUAAAACAAAAGAACCUGUUUUGUAAAUAAAGUU